AGGGAGCCUCCAGACGGAGCACGCUCAUGGAGUAUCUCCCGUUCAGAAACAUCGCUUAGUUCUCAUUUACUCCCUGGGAACCUCUGAAGAUUUCAGCUUAUCUUUUUUCUCCCCUUAGACAGUGAGAAGCUCCACAUAAACAGAGAAAAAAAAAAAAAAAAGAAGUCCAGUAUGCAGCUACUUGGAGGGUGCUGAUUGAAAACUUCGAUCUCCCCACCCCAUUCACGGUUGAUUUGACUGAUUUCUCAUCUCGUUCACAGAGAAUAUUUCAAUUAAGGUCCCUUUAGAUGGAAUAUAAUACAGCUGAGGUCUUUUCAUCAGAAGGAUUAAUGCCUGCAUUAUCAUUUCUGCAAUAAAUAAGAAGCUAAGUGGUGGAGGCUACAGACAUCUCAAACCUGGAUUCCACAAUUCUACACUAAGUGUUGGGGUUCUUAUUGCUAUUGCUCUGCUGUAGGAAAGCCUUUGCCAAUGCUUACAAGGAACUGCUUAUCCCUCCUUCUCUGGGUCCUGUUUGAUGGAGGUCUCCUAAUACCACUUCAACCCCAGCCACUACAGACUUUAGCAACAGAACCAAGAGAAAAUGUUAUCCGCCUGCCAGGCCGGCGUACUCAUUUCCACCGAGUUAAACGUGGCUGGGUAUGGAAUCAAUUUUUUGUGCUGGAAGAAUACAUGGGCUCCGAACCUCAGUAUGUGGGAAAGCUCCAUUCCGACUUAGACAAGGGAGAGGGUACUGUGAAGUACACCCUCUCAGGAGAUGGUGCUGGCACUGUAUUUACCAUUGAUGAAACCACCGGAGACAUUCAUGCAAUCCGGAGCUUGGAUAGAGAAGAAAAGCCUUUCUACACUCUUCGUGCUCAGGCAGUGGACAUAGACACGAGGAAACCUCUGGAGCCAGAAUCAGAAUUCAUCAUCAAAGUGCAGGAUAUUAAUGAUAAUGAGCCAAAGUUCUUGGAUGGACCUUAUGUUGCCAGUGUCCCAGAAAUGUCUCCUGUGGGUGCCUAUGUGCUCCAGGUCAAGGCCACAGAUGCAGAUGAUCCAACCUAUGGAAACAGCGCCAGAGUCGUUUAUAGCAUUCUUCAGGGACAACCUUAUUUCUCUAUUGAUCCUAAGACAGGUGUUAUAAGGACAGCUUUGCCGAACAUGGAUAGAGAAGUCAAAGAACAAUACCAAGUGCUCAUCCAAGCUAAGGAUAUGGGUGGACAACUGGGAGGAUUAGCUGGGACCACAAUUGUCAACAUCACCCUCACUGAUGUCAAUGACAAUCCACCUCGAUUCCCCAAAAGCAUCUUCCAUCUGAAAGUUCCUGAGUCUUCUCCUGUGGGCUCAGCUAUUGGAAGAAUAAGAGCUGUGGAUCCUGAUUUUGGAAAAAAUGCAGAAAUUGAAUACAAUAUUGUGCCAGGAGAUGGGGGAAAUUUGUUUGACAUCGUCACAGAUGAGGAUACACAAGAAGGAGUCAUCAAAUUGAAAAAGUUGUUAGAUUUUGAAACCAAGAAGGCCUAUACUUUUAAAGUAGAGGCCUCUAAUGUGAACCUUGAUCACCGGUUCCACUCCGUGGGUCCCUUCAAAGACACAGCUACAGUGAAGAUCAGCGUGCUAGAUGUGGAUGAGCCGCCGGUGUUCAGCAAACCCCUAUACACCAUGGACGUUUAUGAAGAUACUCCAGUUGGGACCAUCAUUGGGGCAGUAACUGCACAAGACCUUGACGUGGGCAGUAGUGCCGUGAGGUACUUCAUAGAUUGGAAGAGUGAUGGGGACAGCUACUUUACAAUAGAUGGAACUGACGGAACUAUUGCCACUAAUGAAUUACUAGACAGAGAAAGCACUGCGCAGUAUAAUUUCUCCAUAAUUGCAAGUAAAGUUAGUAAUCCAUUAUUAACCAGCAAAGUCAAUGUAGUCAUUAAUGUUCUAGAUGUCAAUGAAUUUCCACCAGAAAUAUCUGUACCAUAUGAGACAACUGUGUGUGAAAAUGCCAAACCAGGACAGAUAAUUCAGGUAGUCAGUGCUGCAGACAGAGAUCUUUCACCUGCUGGGCAGCAGUUGUCCUUCAGAUUAUCACCAGAGGCUGCCAUCAAACCAAAUUUCACAGUUCGUGAUUUCAGAAACAACACAGCUGGGAUUGAAGCCCGGAGAAAUGGAUACAGUCGCAGGCAACAAGAAUUGUAUUUCCUUCCUGUUGUAAUAGAAGACAGUAGUUAUCCUAUCCAGAGCAGCACCAACACAAUGACUAUCCGAGUUUGUAGAUGUGAUUCUGAUGGUACCAUCCUAUCUUGUAACGUGGAAGCAAUUUUUCUACCUGUGGGACUCAGCACGGGGGCUUUGAUAGCAAUUCUUCUGUGCAUUAUUAUACUCUUAGCCAUAGUUGUGCUGUAUGUAGCUCUGAGAAGGCAAAAGAAGAAAGAUACCUUGAUGACCUCUAAAGAAGAUAUCCGAGACAACGUGAUUCACUAUGAUGAUGAAGGAGGCGGGGAGGAGGAUACCCAGGCUUUCGACAUUGGUGCUCUAAGAAAUCCAAAAGUGAUUGAAGAUAACAAAAUUCGCAGGGAUAUAAAACCAGACUCUCUCUGUUUACCUCGUCAGAGACCAGCAGUGGAAGAUAACACAGAUAUAAGGGAUUUCAUUAAUCAAAGGCUACAGGAAAAUGAUACAGACCCCACUGCCCCUCCAUACGAUUCAUUGGCAACCUAUGCCUAUGAAGGAAAUGGCUCGGUAGCAGAAUCCCUCAGCUCUAUAGACUCUUUCACUACCGAGGCAGACCAGGACUACGACUUUCUGACAGAUUGGGGACCCCGUUUUAAAGUCUUGGCAGACAUGUUUGGUGGGGAAGAGAAUCAUAAUCCUGAAAAAGAUACAGUCACUUAGGGGGAAAAAAAAAAAAAGUGAAGGCUAGCACACAAGCAAAGGAGAAAUU